GCUACAGACGAUAUUUUCAGUGGCGACUGCCCAGCUACAACGCGAAAUCCCAAAUCAUCUGUCAGGAGAAAUUAUAAGUCAACAAUCAAUUUUUUUGAAUCGUUCGAAAAUGUCGAAGGCAGGAAUUAAAUUGAAGUCUAUGAGGAAAAUCGUGGCGAAAGUCGAUCAUUCUUCUAAAUUAAGAACCAACAUUCCAGCUGGUAUGGCUAUGGCGGGGCCACCCCUAGGACCCGUGCUAGGACAGCGGAACAUAAACAUUGCGGCAUUUUGCAAGGAAUUCAAUGAGAAAACAAAAGACAUAAAAGAAGGCAUUCCUCUUCCAUGCCGAGUUCAUGUGACCUCUGAUCGGAACUAUGAACUGGUAAUCCACCAGCCACUGACAACCUAUUUUCUCAAACAAGCCGCUGGUAUCCAGCGUGGUGCUAUGCAUUCUAAGCUUGAAGUGGCUGGUAAAAUAACAUUGAAGCACCUUUACGAAAUUGCAAAGAUCAAGUCGGAGGAUCCUCCUUUGGCUCUAAUGAACUUGCAAGGAAUUUGCAAUAUGCUGGUUGGAAUAGCGCGCAGUUGUGGAAUUCAAGUAGUCAGGGAUUAUGAUCCCAAGGAAUAUCAUCAAUUCUUGGAAGAGCGUAAACUAGUUGUCGAAGCGCAGAAACAGGAAUUACUAGAGAAAAAGAAUGCCAGAAUGCUUCGAACAUCAUAAAAUAUUGUAUUGAUUCUAGGGUACACGCCAAUCAUACAUCUUGUAGAUAUUAUACAUAUAUUAAAUAAAAAAUAUGACAUGAA